AUGCUUGUGUUUGAGGGACAGAGUUAUACAUAUGCUGAUGUUGACAAGAUAUCAAACCGUAUUGCGAAUUUCUUGCUCUCACAAGGAAUCAAAACCAACGACGUCAUUGUGCUUGUCAUUAGCAACAGCCCACAAUUUAUUUGGACAUUUUUAGCUUUGAGGAAGAUUGGUGCCAUUCCAUCAUUAGUGAACCAUAACCUCCAAGGAAAAGGAUUGAUCCAUUCAAUAUUUAUCUGUGAACCAUGUAUGAUCAUAAUUGAUAACUAUGAGACAAUUCAACAAAAUAUCUACAAUGUAAGAGAUCAACUUGUAAACAUUCCUCUAUUUGUGGUGAACACCCAAGAACCAACCUCACAGGUGACUUUAAAGGAACCAAGAUGGCCUCUCCUUGACCCUCUGAUAAAAGAAGCAUCAGAUGAACCCAUUAGUCCUGAUUAUCGAAGUUCCCUUACUUUGUAUGAUAAAUCAUGUUAUAUAUAUACCUCUGGAACAACAGGUUUACCAAAAGCUGUGAAUGUUUACAUCCUGAAAUCUCUCAGUGGUUCAGCAUUCUGUUCACUUAUCGGCAAUACAAGUGACGAUGUCAUCUACUUGGCCUUACCUCUUUACCACACAAGUGGACUGAUAAUUGGUCUAUUUGGUGCAAUAGAAUCUGGGGCUACAGCUGUAUUGAAACGAAAAUUUUCUGCUUCCAAAUUCUGGUCUGACUGUUGUGAAUACAAUGUGACACAUGUUCCAUACAUUGGAGAGUUUUGUCGAUACAUUCUAACACAACCAGAUUAUCCACAUCAGAAAUCCCAUAAAGUGAAAACCUUCUAUGGCAAUGGCCUUGGAAGAGAUAUUUGGCAAAAAUUCAAAGAAAAGUACAACAUUCCCAAAAUAAUUGAACUUUAUGGUUCCACAGAAGGAAAUUGUUUUUUGGUAAAUUUGCAGGAUAAGGUUGGUGCAAUUGGCCGGCUGUCUCCAUUAAUGAAUAUGUUCAGGCCAAAUAAAAUGUACUUGGUGAAAUAUGACCUUGAUACUGUGCAACCCUUACGUGAUAAAAAUGGCCGAUGCAUUCAAGUUGACAAAGGUGAAGUCGGCCUCUUGAUAGGCAAGUAUAUCCCCGAAUUUGAUUUGCAGAUGUAUAAAAGCAAAAAGGAUCUGGACAGCCCUAAAAUAAUCCGAAAUGCCUUUGUGGAAGGAGACAAGUAUUUCAACACCGGGGAUUUAAUCUAUACAGAUGAUGACUAUUUUGCUUACUUCAGUGAUCGAAUUGGUGAUACAUUUCGUUGGAAAGGAGAAAAUGUUUCGACUCUUGAAGUGGCCAAUGUUCUACGUGAACUUGACUUUAUCAGUGAUGCCAAUGUUUAUGGGGUCAAAAUUGGAAAUUUCUCUGGUCGAGCUGGAAUGGCAUCCUUGCUUCUUUCCAAUGGCAACCACCUGACUGAGGAGCAGUUGGCAAAAAUAUAUGUUCAAUGCAAAGAGAACCUACCCUCUUAUGCUGUCCCACUUUUUCUACGCAUUCAGACAAUUAUGGACCUCACAGGAACAUUUAAGCUUAAAAAAAUCUCUCUCCAGAAUGAAGGGUUCAAUCCUAAAAUCAUCCAUGAUCCACUUUUUUAUAUUGACCACAGCUCAGAAUGUUAUACACCCUUAACAGAAAAUAUCUAUUUGAAAAUACUAAUUGGACAUAGUAGAUUGUAA